AUGAGUCUCCUCCGGUCCUCGUUGCGGAGGAUAGGAUCGCCCGGCGAUCCCAGCAGGAUAUGCUCCCAAUGUCUUCUGCGUCGAAGCCAUCCCCCCCGCCCCCCGCCGCCGCCGCUCUCCGCACCUUCAUCUCACGGUCAAUCGGCUCAGUCCACUCUGAACAAGACUUAUUUCUCGGCCAAUCGCACUGAAGAUGUCUCUCCGCGCAAGAAUGGCUUCUUCUCCUCGCUCUCAGCCAACAAUGCCUCCUCCAAAUCCGACACUCCCCACCAACCGCCAUCAGACCAUCAGGUCAACACCCCCACAGCCGCUCCAGAGUCCACGCAACCAGAGCUCCCUCAUCGCCGGAGGAAACAAUACCGCCCCCGAGAAUGUUCUCCCCCCGAUGCCUCGGCGCAGCUGUCGGCCAUCUCCUCCGCCCUGCCCACCUCCUCCCUCCGCCGCAAUAUGGCCGCCUUCCUCGCCCUCUGCAAGCCGCGUCUCUCAGUCCUGAUCGUCCUCAGCACGACCUCCGCCUAUGGAAUGUACCCGAUCUCCUCCCUCCUGACACUUGACCCGUCCAUGACUCCGCUGCCGACCCUGUCCACCUCAACCCUAACCUUCCUGUACCUCACCGCGGGCACCUUCCUCUCCUGCUGCAGCGCCAACACGAUCAACAUGAUCCUGGAACCGAAAUACGACGCCCUCAUGUCGCGCACGCGCAACCGGCCCCUCGUCCGCGGCCUCCUCUCCCGCCGCGCCGCCGUCCUCUUCGCCAUCGCAACCGCCGUCUCCGGCCUUAGCCUCCUCUACUUCGGCACGAACCCCACCGUGACAGCCCUCUCCGCCGCCAACAUCAUCCUGUACGGCUUCGUCUACACCCCCCUCAAGCGCAUCCACGUCAUCAACACCUGGGUGGGCGCCAUCGUCGGCGGAAUCCCGCCGCUGAUGGGCUGGGUCGCGGCCGCCGGCCAAACUGCCACCACCGGCCACGACAACUGGCGGGACAUGCUCUUCAGCGAGAACAGCAUCGGCGGGUGGCUGCUGGGCGGGAUCCUCUUCGCCUGGCAGUUCCCCCACUUCAAUGCCCUGUCCCACCUGAUCAAGGACGAGUACAAGCGCGCCGGCUAUCAGAUGCUGUGCUGGAAGAACCCCGCCCUCAACGCCCGCGUCGCCCUGCGCUACUCCUUCCUGAUGUUCCCCGUCUCCAUCGGCCUCUGGUGGAUCGGGGUCGUCGGCCACGGCUUCCUGGUUAGCAGCUCCGUCGCCAACGCCUGGCUCGUCAAGGAGGCUUUCCAGUUCUGGAAGCACCAGGGCGCCAACGGCACCGCCCGCGGCCUCUUCUGGGCCAGUAUCUGGCAACUGCCCGUCCUAUUAGUCGGUGGCCUCGUCACCAAGAAGGGUCUUUGGGACGGCGUCUGGCGCAAUAUCUUCGGCCAGCCCGAUGAUCCCGAGGACGAGUACGUGUAUAUCGACGACGAGGAAGACGAACAGACCCCCUCGCGGUCCCCUAGUUCCCUAGUGACCCGUGCGACGUGAUCCUCGCCACUAGAGAGAAAAAAAAAAACAUCUUAAAAUCUGGAAAAAUAAGCGGGGCGGUGAUCCCCCAAAGUUAUCUAUAGCUUAUAUUGAUGUAUUAGAUUCCCGUUUGGUUGUUGGGAGGCGUUUGUAUAACAGCAGCUAUGAUCUUUUGUUUUUUCUUCUCUUUUCCUUUUCUUUUUAACUUUCUUCUCUUUUCUUCUCGUGUCUGUAACAUCUUUGGUGUAGAUAUGUCUGUGUUGAAGUUGAAUGAAUCGCCGU